AACAUUCGCACCCACCACCCAACGCUAAGGGGAAGCAUGUGGAACCUUAAGCAAAGAAAGCAGCCUCUGAUCUCGGACUAUAAAGCUGAAUCUCGGCUGGGGGGCCCCUUGGAUGCAACUGUGGGAAGCAACGAAACUGGGGGGACUGGGGGCUUUGGGGCUUCCGACUGGGGAUCUCCACUGCAGCUGCCCCAGGAGGCUGAGAGCAGCUACUCCUGCUUGGAGGAUGAGGAGGAAGAGGGUGAGGAAGAGGAGAAGGGGCUCCCUUCGGUGUUUCCCUUCAGUCCAGCCUUCCCAGCUGGAGCCACCACAUCCUCCUCCGUCCUCAACAUCAACGUUGGCGGGCAAAGCUACCGCCUGACGUACCAGGCAGUGGCCAUCUACCCCACCACCCGCCUGGGCCGCUUGGCCACUUCCACUGACCGCUGGCGCCAGCUGGGCCUCUGCGACGACUACGCAGCUCAGGGCGACGAGUACUUCUUUGACCGGGACCCGGCCGUCUUCCAGCUGGUCUACAACUUCUACUCCUCCGGGGUGCUGCAGGUGCGGGACGAGCUGUGUCCCCGCAGCUUCCUGGAGGAGCUGAGCUACUGGGGGGUCCGCCUUAAAUACACGCCCCGCUGCUGCCGCAUCUGCUUUGAGGAGAGGCGGGACGAGCUGAACGAGCAGCUCAAGGUGCAGGGGGAGCUGCGGGCCCAGGCGGCCGUGCAGGAGAGCGAGCACCUCUUCCGGCACAUGCGCUAUGCUGAGCAUCGCUGGCGCCUGUGGAACCUCAUGGAGAAGCCCUUCUCCUCCACCACGGCCAAAGCCGUGGGGGUGGCCUCUAGCUUCUUUGUGCUCAUCUCGGUGGUGGCGCUGGCUCUCAACACGGUGGAGGAGAUGCAGCACCGGGACAAGGCCACCCUGGAGAGGCGGCCCCUGCUGGAGCACGUGGAGACCUUCUGCAUCGCCUUCUUCACCCUGGAGUACGUGCUGCGGCUGGUCUCCACCCCGGACAUCCGCUGCUUCGUCAGCAGCGCCCUCAACGCCGUGGACCUCAUCGCCAUCCUGCCCCUGUACCUACAGCUCCUGCUGGAGCGCUUUGUGGACGAGGACCAGCCUCGCGGGCAAGGCUCCCAGCAUGAAAAUGACAUCGAGAAAGUGGGGCGGGUGGGGAAGGUGGGGCAGGUGCUGCGCAUCAUGCGCCUCAUGCGCAUUUUCCGCAUCCUCAAGCUGGCCCGCCACUCGACGGGCCUGCGCGCAUUCGGCUUCACGCUGCGCCAGUGCUACCAGGAGGUGGGCUGCCUUCUGCUCUUCAUUGCGCUGGGGAUCUUUGCCUUCUCCGCCAUGGUCUACACUGUGGAGCAUGAUGUCGCCAGCACAAACUUCACCAGCAUUCCCCAUGCCUGGUGGUGGGCUGCCGUAAGCAUUUCUACUGUUGGAUAUGGAGACAUGUGUCCGGAAACCCACCUCGGACGACUCUUUGCUUUCCUCUGCAUUGCUUUCGGGAUCAUUCUGAACGGAAUGCCCAUCUCUGUCCUGUACAAUAAAUUCUCAGACUACUACAUCAAGCUGAAAGCCUACGAAUACACAGCCAUACGCAAAGACAGGGGCAAAGUGGAUUUUGCGCGGCGAGCCAUGAAGAAAAUGUCUGAGUGCUGUGGAAACAGGCCAAACCGAUUACCGAGACACAGAUACAAUUAA